AGAGGGAGGGAGGGGGGGAGGGGAAGGAAGCUUUCCAAGCACAAGAAGGAGCUCCCUCGUUCAAUUUCUUGCUCUGGCCGUAGUGCAGAGGAGGUCGACGGCGAGGAGCCGAAGCGAGCUUUCAAGAACAAGGAGCAGCUCCCGCCAAUUUCUUUCAAUAGAAAGGGAGAAGCUACCGUCUAUUUCUGUAUGUGAGAGAGAGAGAGAGAGAGAGAGAGAGAGAGAGAGAGAGAGGAGAAUCUCCCGUCUGUUUCUUUCUCUGGUCAUAGUGCAGAGGAGAUCAAGAGGAGGAGGAGGUGGAGGAAAAGAGAGAGAGAGGGUUUUUGGUAGGGCGAGGGCGAUGGAGAGGAAAGUGAUGGUGGUCUGCGUGGCCGUGGGCUUCCUGGGGCUCCUCUCCGCGGCGCUCGCCUUUGCAGCCGAGGCCACCAGGACUAAGGCUUCUGAUGUCCAAACAACAACAGGAGGUGAAUGUGUGUAUCCAAAGAGCCCAGCAUUAGCGCUGGGUCUGAUAUCAGCAUUGGCUCUUAUGAUGGCGCAGGCGAUAAUAAACACCGUAGCCGGGUGCAUAUGUUGCAAGAAGCAUCCUCAUCCAUCGGGCACCAACUGGACCCUAGGGUUGAUCUCUUUCGUUGCUUCUUGGGUUUCAUUCAUAAUAGCGUUCCUUCUGUUGUUGACGGGUGCUGCCUUGAACGACCAGCGGGGUCAAGAAAGGAUGUAUUUUGGAGACUACUGCUACGUGGUGAAGUCCGGAGUGUUCUCGGGCGGGGCGGUGCUGUCCCUUGCCAGCGUCGCCCUUGCCAUUGUUUACUACGUUGCCUUGUCAUCCAAGAAUGCACAAAGUUGGGGUGUGGACCAAAACCAAGGGGGCAUUGCGAUGGCACAUCCUCAGAUCCCACCAGCUCAGGCAAAUCCCGUCUUCGUGCACGAGGAUACGUAUAACCGGCAGCAGUUCCCCUGAUGUUGGACAACACACACUAGCUGCUCUCUCAAACUCGGCUCGCUGUUCCCUGGGAUUCUCUGCUCGGGCUGUCUUAUUGUAUCUUAUGCUGAGCCAGGUAUUAGAUGUAACACCGGAUACCUAUGUCCAUAAUGAAAGGAUUUUGUACUUUGCCAGAGGUAAACUCUUUACAUUUCUUUGAAACUACGUUGCUUGCUCGUGGUCUGUCUGGUAUUGGCUGCAUUUCUUUGAGGUUUGUUUGUGUACUAUGCCGGAGCUAAACUUAAUAUUUCUUUCUUUGA